UUUUUCUUUUUGGUUAAACGUUUGUCGGUCGGUCCGUCGCAAACGUCCAUCACGUCGUUUUGGCUUCUCACCGGUCGGUUGGUUGGUCGUUCAUCAGACCUUGCUGUGAUUUAUAUUUAUUUAUUUUUUCAUAAUUAUAUUUAUUUUCAAAACAAUCAAAAAAUGGAAAAUCAAAGACCAAUAAUUGGAAUACUUUGUAUAGAUGUUGCAUCAAAAAUCUACGAAUUGUAUGGGCCAGAAGUUAAGAGUUAUAUUGCAGCUUCUUACGUGAAAUUUCUAGAAUGUUCAGGUGCCCGAGCUGUUCCUAUUUGGAUCGGAAAAGAUGAACAAUACUAUCAGGACAUCAUGCACAAAAUAAAUGGAAUUUUACUACCCGGUGGAGCAGUUUUCUUUGAUUCACAAUAUAAUAAAAAGCCUGAACACACUAACAAAUGUGUGAGAAGUUCUGAAUUAAUUUAUCGAAUUGCAAUUGAAAUAAAUAAAAGUGGAAUUUAUUUUCCACUUUGGGGAAUAUGUUUAGGAUAUGAAUUACUACUUUACCAUUCAUCCAAACAAAAGCUUAUUCGAGGAGAUUGUACGAAAUUAAAUAAAUCAAUGGUGUUGGAAUUGGAAAAAGAUUUUCAGACAUCAAAACUCUUCAAAAAUUUAACACCGGAAAUGGAAAAAGAUCUAAGAACGGAACCAUUUGCAUUCCAUUUCCACCAAUUUUGCAUCACCAAAGAGGACCUAAGUACAUAUAACAUAGAUGACCAAUGGAGAAUAACUUCUGUAAAUCGAGACGAUAAUAACAUUGAAUUUAUAUCCACCAUUGAACAUGUUAGAUAUCCAUUUUAUGGAGUUCAAUUUCACCCGGAAAAAGUUAUAUUUGAAUGGAGUUUAAAUGAUAAUAUUAAUCAUACAGAAAACUCUGUGAAAUGUGCUCAAUAUUUGUCUAAUUUUUUCGUAUCUGAAUGUCGGAAAAAUUCAAAUUCUUUUUCGACGAAAAAAGAAGAAGAUCGACAUCUUAUUUAUAAUUUUCCUAUUGAAUUUACUGGUAUAAAAGAUUCAAAAUUUGUACAGUGCUAUUUAUUUUGUGAUAAAAGUGACUACAUAGAACUUUAGGUAGUAAGUUCUUAGUUUAAUUUAAUUUUAUUUUAUUACUUAUAUUAUUUUAUUAUUUAUUUAAACUAAUUUGGAUGCAACUAAUCAGAAAUGUUAUGUGAUAUGAUAUUAUUGUGAUACUAGAUUUCACACUACUUUUACAAUUAAAUUAUUUUUAUUUUAUAGACAAAUAUUUUUAAAGUUAAAUAAAUUAAAUUCAAUGUUGUUA